AUAUAUAUAAAACCAAGGUAAAUAACUAAAUAUCGAUUUUUAGACUGAGCUUUAAUUAUUGUUUUGCACUGACUAAGAUAUUGUUCUCACUGCGGUUUUUAACAGGUGAUGCAGUUAAAGCUGCUAGGAAACAUUUAACUGCACAAAGAGAUGUUAAUUUUUAUUUUACACAUCUGCAUCGCUUUAUCCAUGAAGUCUGUCGGUCAGUUAGAGCAAAGGUGGUGUCGGAUAUUAAAAAUGCCUGAUUGUCUUUAUAUGUUAACAUGCAUGCUGCUAUUAUAUAUGGCUGUAAAUUGACGAUCUUCUAUGCAAUACCAGUUGUUUUUAAACUGUUGUUCAUUGUACAGUAAAUGUUGUUACGUAACAUUUAUUCAAAAAGUAUCUUUUUGUAAAAUCAAGUUGAAAAUACCCUCUUUCCAUAUACUGAGACUUACACAUGUGUGCAUAACUACUGUAUCAAUAAGCUCAAUAUGUUUAAAAGGAUACUUUUUGAAUGGUUUGUGUGAUCCGUUAUGGAUAAGUUACGUUAAUUAACUUAUUUUUGUAUAAUAUUCCCUAAUGGUACAGGGUUCAAAUGUAAGUUCAUCAAGGAGCUUACUAACCAGAGGUGAUCACUGUGUUCAUGACUGUGAAAAUAUUGUAUUUACUAAAGACUAUAGCUGAACAAAUAAAUAAGCAAACGUGUGAUAUUUGUUGGUUUAUGUGUCAUGAUUAUUCAUAUUACUAGAACAGAAAACAUACAAUUUUUUUCCAAAGGACUGAAGAAAACGAGAUUAUAGAGCCUGAUUUGACCAGAGGCCCAUGAAAGCAGCACUUGCACUGCGCGUGACCGUUACCCCGGUAACGUCAACAAACUAUGCAGAAAAACGCACGGGUGACACUUUGCUAUGGGCCUUACGAGUCCGGCGGAGUGGUCCGGCACCGAACCGACCGCCUCCAGGGGCUGCAGGCUGCUCUGAGCGCGCGCGGGCACCAGUGCGUCUUGGAAGAAACGCGCGAGUGGAACACGGUGGAGCUCGUGGUCAGUGGGGAAGUCGUCUUCACGUGUGACGUGAAGCAGCUGGAGUUUGGUGGAGACGGAAAACUGGACCCAGUUUGCAAAGAAGCGGUAACGGCUGUAGAAAACUCCUACUGAAGAACUCAAUUCUAACCUCAGCCCUAGAAUCACAUCUUAACGCUCAAAGGCCAAAAUGUUCUCACUUUGGUAGGAAAAUAUAUUAUGGAGGAGUAUAUAAACUGGAGGAGUGGCUACAACAGAUCCCUGGAAAAACAUCUGACAUCUCAGUCCAGAAAAGUGCAGUCCUAGGAACAGCAAGGAUACUGCGCAGAACCCUCAAGCUCCCUGGCCUCUGGUAGAGGACCCGAGCUUGGAAAGUGGAUGAGACCACCCGCGGAGGGUGAGAAU